AUGAACCGAACAAAGACCACGCACCUUGGCAUCGUUGUGGCAUUGGCGGCAGCAGGGCGCCAUGACGCUGCAUCCUUCUGUAAUGCGCACACCUUUUGUCAAGGCAGACACAAGAGACGUGCGACGUUGGCCACGGCGCACGACGGCGAGGACAGCGGACCGCUUGAUGGCGAGGACCACCUAUGUUUCCGGCGUCGUGAAGGGGGUGGCGUGUCCGGUGGCGUCGAGACGGCGGCGCGGCGGUGUCGAGGCGUCUGCCGGCAGCAGGCUCUGCUUCGCAGCGGGGAGGGAAAGGAGUCGUCGGCAUCGGCAGAUCGGGGCGGGGACCGGACGCGGAUUGGGGCGGAGCGAGAACGACGGCGCGGGUCCUUCUCCUUCUCGGUGAGGCGGCGGAACGGUCUUCUCGGUGAUCCGCCGGCCGUGAAUCGGGGAUUGAUGAGCGCGGGCGAGGACGACGGCGCUGGCGCGAACGGCGAGCUCGAUGGCACGAGUGCGACGAGCGGCUUCGCAGCAGGGAGAGAGGCAUGGGCGAGCGUCUACGUUAGCGUCAGCGAGUGGAAGGCAGCGUGGGAAAGGAGGCGGCAGCGUGAGCAUGCGUGUGACGGAGCGUGA